AUGAUUAGCCCAACUUGGACUCCACAACCUAGCAGUGUGAGUAUUGGAAGUAUCUUAAACAGUAACCCACCGGGUUCUGUCGAACAGUUGCAACAGGCAUCAGUGAAUCAGCUUGUCAGUGUUGUGGGAAGUUAUGCGGCCGCUUCUGGUGGCCAAACCGUUAUUCGAACACCAUACGCGCCAAACACUCCGAGCACACCAUUUCAUGAACGUGAUGGAGCAAUACCACAACCUCAACUUCAGAAUAUCGUAUGUACAGUUAACCUUGAAAUAAAGCUGGACCUAAAACGGAUAGCUCGGAGUGCGCGUAACGCUGAGUAUAAUCCAAAGCGUUUUGCCGCCGUUAUUAUGCGAAUUCGGGAGCCGCGAACUACUGCUCUCAUCUUCUCUUCUGGCAAGAUGGUUUGCACUGGUGCCAAGAGUGAGAACGAGGCUCGUUUGGCCGCCCGCAAAUACGCCCGCAUCAUCCAAAAAUUGGGAUUUGAGGCUCACUUCAAAGGGUUUACGAUUCAAAAUAUGGUUGGAUCCUGCGACGUGCGAUUUCACAUACGAUUGGAGGGGUUGAAUGCUGCUCAGAAGAAAUUCACCACUUAUGAGCCUGAGCUGUUCCCCGGCCUCGUGUAUCGCAUGCAGAAACCCAAAAUUGUUCUCCUCAUUUUCGUUUCAGGGAAAAUUGUUUUAACAGGUGCCAAAGUGCGAGAUGAGAUUUACCAAGCCUUCAACAACAUCUACCCAAUCCUGAAGAAUUUUAUGAAGGUCGAGACUGAGAAAUCGAGUUUACACCAACCAGCACUCACUGGGUGA